AGUGUACGAAAAAAUUAAUCACCGCACACGAGAAGUAACAGUUAUACUUUAAUAUGGCAUAGUGUCGGAGUAAAGCCGUGAACCUUGGAGAAAAAAGAGCAACCCUCGCCACAAAGACAGCAAAUUUUCAACCGAUGUGCGUGUCGACGAGGAGAGUUUCACCAGGACGCCGAAGAAACAGGAAGCGCAACAGCUGGAGCUGCUGCACAACGAUCACUUGCCGUUGUCCUCAUAGUCGUCAGUCUCCUGUUGUCAUAGUUAGCCUCAAAAUUGUCAAAUCAGCAGCAACGGCAAUGGAUACAGAAGCCUUUUUAUUGUCCUUAUUGUCGUCAUCACUAGCAUUUUGGGCAAAGGGCUGAAGAGAGAGGCGACUAUAAACAUGGAGUACCGUAGCUCAGGCAGAACAAUUAUAAGUGCCCUCGAGAUACAUAGAGAGUGAAAGAGAGUGCAUGCAGUAACAGCAGCAGAGAAAGGAAUAAAGUUAUUGGCUGUUCUUGUUGAUUAUCAUUGUUACUGUUGCCGCGCCCCUCGUCCGGAGUCCGGAUUGUUUUUAUGUUGUGUUGUUGUUACUGUUGUUGAAAAAAGUGGAUAAAAAGGAGUCAUGGGGUUGGAGGAGCCGCUUCUUAAGGGCUAUCUGCUACUGCCGCCCCAGGGCAUGUUGCAACAACUUAAGAAAUCGUGGUACAAAAAGUACUGCCAGAUAUUCAAACCCAGCAAGUAUGGAAUCCAGAGACUGGAAAUUUACGACAGUCAGGAGGAAGCUCUAACCCAACAGCACACCCAGCGCAUCAUCACCCUGGAGGCUUGUAUAAAAAUCUCGCUGAGCAGUCAGCCCCUCACAUUUACUCUGGUGACCAAGUCAGGAGUCCACCACUUCGGUUGCUGUUCCGAAGUCGAGGUGGCCAACUGGAUGAGUGCCUUCCAGUCGGUAGCUUUCAAAGACGACGCGUCGAGCAUCACUGUCGAGGAAGACAACGACCUUUAUUGCACGAGCGGCGAGGGUGUCUUCACCGUUAAAAUAUCCGAGACCGAGGCGUCGCGCAAGUGUGGCCUCGAACCUUUAAAAAACUACACUCUAAUAGUCGGUGCCACCGAGAUGAAGCUCAUGGAUACAAGCUUGCACGUACUCUACACGUGGCCCUACCAGUAUAUACGCAAGUACGGCUACAGCGAGAAAAAGUUCACCUUCGAGGCGGGCAGGCGUUGCGGCUCGGGUGAGGGCUCCUUCUGCCUGGAGCACAAGAACCAGCUCGAUAUCUAUCGUUGCUUUGUAUCCAACAAAACGAAAAUGAAGCAGAUGCUCAGCGGUGGCGAAAACAGUCCCACGGUCGACUGCAGUGAUGCCCAGUUCCAUGCCGCCCUUUCGAUGGAAGCUGGCUCGCGCUCGCCCCUGCCACCCUCGGUCAACACCUCCAAGAACCUGAUCGACCUCGACAUAUCUGGUUUCACGCAGAACAACAGCAACAAUAACAGCCAGCAGAAGCAGCUUUUACUGCCCAGCCCGAUCUCACCGACAGACCCCGUCAAGCCGCCACUGCCCUCCAAACCGAAGCCCGUCAAACCUCCCAGAAAGCCGGUGUUCGCCGUUAAGCCGCCGAUCAGCAACUUCGACUCGGAGUACCAACCACUGGUGCUCGAUCUGUCGGCCAGUAACAAGUACAGCAGCAAACAGCAACAGAUCCUUGCCUCACCGACUUCCCCCGAGGUAUUACCAAAGGGUAAGAGCGUUAUCGUCACGGAUGACGAGAAGCACCCCUACGACCUUGUCGAGGUCAGGAGCGACGCCUGGAGGACUCAUGGCCUGGAGAACGUACCACACACAGAGAGGCUAAAACAGAGCGGUAAACCAGCGGCGGUAGCGCCCAUGGAUAAGGACACUCAUCAAGAGAUCAAUGAACCGCGCUACCAGACGUUGAACUUUUCCUCGCAGAAUUCUUCGAUCAAGAGCAACUCGCCCUCCAUUAUACACAACAUUCCGAGCCCCAACGACCCACCGGACUACGAUAGACUUCAGCACUUUGGUACGGUUCACAAGAACAAGAAUAAUCCUGGUUAUCGGACGCCGUCCAUCGGUUCCUCCUCCUCGUCGACGGCUCAGCUCAUCACGUCCAAGGACUCGAGUCCUGUUUCCGUCAAUAAUUACGACCUCGUUGAGGACUUGAACGCCAUCAGGCUGGCCAACGACGCUCAUCACGGUUACGGCAGCAUAAGGAAGAAGUCAAGCUCGUCGUCCGCGGGUUUUGGCGUCGUAUCGUCGACCAAUCAGAUGAUGCAUGAGCCCAAGUAUAACGUGGUCAAUGACAGCGAGUACGCCAUCGUUUCGAAACCCAAGCGAGUUUAAACGACGAUAAAUUGUUUUCUUCCUUUUUCAUUUACCAUUCAACGCCUUCGUACUUUUAUGUGGUACAUGAUAGAUACUGUGCAUUCUACGGAUUUUUUUUAGAUAUUUAUGUCUUGAAGACGCAUUUAAAUAUUGACAAAUCAAUUAAAGCGAGAAUUGAAGGUUACUUUUCGCUGUGACUAUUUUCACAAAAAAAAAAAAAACCAACUUGGAACCGUCUUUUUUUAAUAGUAUUCAAAUCUUUUUGUGAUUCUCAUUCAUUUUAUUUAUGUAGGAUAUUGAUCUUGUUCCUCGAUCUGACCAAUAAGUCUUGUACAUAUGUUUUUUAUGGACUGAUUGAAACUUCGAUCCUUAUGGAGUCAUACUUUGUUAUCUCGUAAUUUUUAUAACGUUAACUUUGUGCGAAAAAAAAUACCAAAUUCUUCUUCUCUAUUAUUUUUAACGUCUUAUUAAUUUUCCAGAAACUUGUGUACUUACCAUUACUUUGUCCAAUAAUUGUUAUUGUUACGAUUGAAUUAGCAUUUUUGAUAAAACGACACAAUAUACGAAUAUAUUUUUGAAAUAUAUAUAUAUACACGUACAUACAUAUGUAUAUGUAUAAGUACUGCAACAAUUUUAUAUUUUAAAUGGAAUGUUAGAUUUUAAGCUACCUUAAGUGUCGAAAAUCGUGAUAUGCCUCUUAAGAGCGACCAAAGAAUGAUGUUCGAGACUAUGAGCAUAUGUUUGCAAUCACAAUUUGCCAUGAAAAAUUGAGUAAUCAAAAGAAUUUCUGAGUCAAUAGUGCUAAUAGUCUCGUGUGUGCCUUGCGCUAUUAUAUAAGAAUGGACCAAUUUUCUAAUUUAAAAUAAUUAUAUUAGUUUUAACUUUUUUAUAAAUUUUUUAUUUUCCAUCCAAUUGAACAAAUUUUUAUUAUAUUUUGUGAAAAUUUUAGACUUUGAACGUGUUAACUCAUCAGUGGAUCAAUUAUAGCUUUUUGAUAGACAUGAGUUGAUAGUGUACAAAAAAUCAAUUGAAAUAUAGUUUGCAUAAAAUAUAAUAAAUUUUUAUUUGGUAUAUUAUACGUGUGAAAAAAAAAAGUUUUGUAUCAGUAAUACUUUUUGAAAUAAACUGUCAAAAAUCAUGUGCCAAAUGUUCUAAUUAAAUAAAAUAUAUCUUAUUAUUACCAAA